AUGGCUCAAGUUGAUGUAGUCAUUGACACUGUUCAAGACUUAGAUCAAGAGAGGUAUAAAGGAUUUUUUGAAAAAGACGAAGCGAAAAAGGCCGAACUGAUGAAGACAUUUCAAAGUAAAACAGUAACGAGGUUCAUGAAGAUCUUCGCGGAAAUUCUUGGGAAGGAAAAGUGGAUGGUUGGACCAUUGAUCAAGCUCGCUGUACAGACAUACCUGCUCUCAUACACUGAUUCAACGUCGAACAGCAUGGUGAAAUAUACCGUCAUAUAUUUUGAAUCUCCCGGAAGGGCCGAGGUGACCAGAUUGGCAUUGGCAGCUGCUGGGGCUGAUUUCGAGGAUGUACGUCUGACAUCAGAAGAAUGGCAAAAACGGAAACCAAAUACGCCACAGGGUCAGCUCCCUAUUCUGGAGGUAGAAUACUCUGCAGGUAAAAAGGUGACGUUUCCUCAGAGCGGUGCAAUAGCUCGCUGUGUAGCCCGUGACCUUGAUCUCUAUGGAAAAACUCCUGAAGAAAACACCGAAGUGGACGUUGUACUAGAAACCUUAAAUGACCUUUUUAAUGACCUCAUUAAAAUUUUCUUUGAAAAGGACGAGAAAAAGAAGGAUGAAUUAAAAGCUGCUUUGGGAGAAACGGUUAUUCCGAAAUAUGUGGAACACUUCGAAAAUAUCAAAGGGAAAAAAGAAUGGAUGGUUGGAUCAGCGAUGACAAUCGCCGAUCUAGCUGUGUUCAGUAUAUUUGACCAACUCCCGGUAACGUUCGGUGAAAAUUCAGUCAAAAGGUUUCGUGACAGCAAAACUCUUCCAGGUCUUUCCGAGAAGGUGGCUGCUAAUGAAAACGUGAAGAAAUAUCUUGAGAAGCGUCCUAAGCCAAAAUCGCAAUGAAUACAGUGAUCAUUUUCAAAUAAACACUAUAAUGUAAAUACAUACCUUUCCUGUUCAUCGUUGUGUAAUCCAUCUGAAUCGUAAAAAAUGAACAUUGUGAAUAUGUCUAUAUUUAGUAAAUGAUCAAUGAAGUAAUAGCAACAGUAAGGACAAGCGAAUUGUCAAAUUGUCGAGGCAACCUGCCCCUUUAUCAAGAUACAAUACA